CCUUGGACCCAGUUGCUGACUGUAGUGGCUGCUGGCCUGGGGUGGCACUGUGGUGUCAAGGUUCUGGGACCCGCCCCCAAUUCUUGGGGCAUUUCAUCCGGUCACCAGCACUGACUCGAGCCGGACCUGGAAGCCAUAAAUCCUGACUGAAGGUCGUGUUUCUGAGGCACCUAAGAGAGCAGGAGCUGCACAGACAUCUGCUCCCUGACUUCCAGCGAUGGCAUACCUCAGCAAGUGUCUCUCCUGGAAGAGAAUGAUGGCCCUCUUCUUCCUGCCACUUGUUUUAUCAGGUCUUGCUCCUCUCUCUGAAUACAGAGAUGACAUGCUUAAACUGUCUGCUGCCAGGUUUAGCUGGUCUCAUUUGACCCCUUUGAAGCUCAAGGACAGAUCUGUGGGACUUAGCACAGACAUCAAUGCUCAGGGCAAAGCGUACUUCACCCUGGAAGGUCACAAGUUCAUGAUAGUUGGAGGCUCCAUCCACUAUUUCCGAGUGCCCAGGGAGUAUUGGAAGGACCGCUUGCUGAAGCUUCAGGCCUGUGGAUUCAACACUGUCACCACCUACAUCCCAUGGAACCUCCAUGAACAGGAGAGGGGGACAUUUGACUUCUCUGAGAUACUGGACCUGGAGGCCUAUGUUUCGCUGGCUGCAAGUCUUGGCCUGUGGGUGAUUCUUCGACCAGGGCCGUAUAUCUGUGCUGAGGUUGACCUAGGUGGGUUACCCAGCUGGCUUCUGCGCUACCCUGAGUCACAACUGAGAACAACCAGCCAUGAAUUUCUUGAGGCUGUUGAUAAGUAUUUUGAUCAUCUGAUUCCCAGAAUACUUCCUCUCCAGUACCUCCAUGGUGGCCCUGUUAUUGCUAUCCAAAUAGAGAAUGAAUAUGGUUCAUUUGGUAAGGACAAGGACUACAUGGAAUACAUUAAGGAGGCUAUGCUGAAGAGAGGGAUUGUGGAGCUCCUCUUGACCUCAGAUGAUCAUGAAGGAAUUCAGAUAGGCUCCGUCAAAGGAGCAUUGACUACUAUCAACAUGCAGUCGUUUGUGAGGGAGUCUUUUAUUCAGCUUCAUCAAAUGCAGAGUGAUAAACCCUUUAUGGUUAUGGAAUACUGGACUGGCUGGUAUGACACGUGGGGGAAGAAACACAAUGUUAAAAGUGCAGAUGAAAUUCGAUAUACUGUGUCUAGAUUUAUCAAAUAUGGAAUCUCCUUCAACAUGUAUAUGUUCCACGGCGGAACCAAUUUUGGUUUCAUAAAUGGAGCCCUCCAUUACAGUGAGCACCUAAGUGUUGUGACUAGCUAUGACUAUGAUGCUGUACUGACCGAGGCUGGAGAUUACACAGAAAAGUAUUUCAAGCUUCGGAAACUUUUAGCUUCUGCUUCAGUAGGUUCCCUGCCUCGAUUGCCUCACCCUACUCCCAAGGCUGUGUAUGCCCCUGUGGGUAUAAUAUUCUAUUUGCCAUUGUUUGAUAUCCUACCAUACUUAAAUAAGCCUGUCAUGUUACACACUCCAGUCACCAUGGAGAAUCUUCCAAUAAACAAUAACAGUGGCCAGCCAUUUGGAUUGGUCCUCUAUGAGACUUCCAUCUGUGGUGGAGGCAAUCUUUAUGCUUCAGUUCAUGAUUCAGCACAGGUGUUUUUGAAUGACACAAGUAUAGGACAUCUGGAUGAGAAUACUUAUGACCUGACUAUUCCUAAAAUUCAGGAUUGUCAACUUCUGAGGAUCCUGGUUGAGAAUCAAGGCCGGAUAAAUUAUUCAUGGAAAAUUCAAAAUGAGCGGAAAGGAUUAGAUGAGGAUGUUACCAUCAAUGGCACUUUGCUAAAGAAUUUCACCAUUUAUUCUCUGGACAUGAAGAUGAGUUUCUUCAAGAGGCUCCGCUCUGCCCCCUGGGAGGUUGCCCCAGAGCAUUAUGUAGGUCCUGCAUUCUACUGGGGGAUCUUGAACGCUGGUUCUUCUCCCAAGGAUACCUUCCUGGACCUAUCAAACUGGCAUUAUGGGUUUGUAUUUGUCAAUGGACGUAAUCUUGGAAGAUAUCAGGACAUUGGGCCUCAGAGAACACUGUACCUUCCUGGCCCCUGGCUUCAUCCAGGAGACAAUGAGAUUGUUGUGUUCGAGAAGAAAAAGAAGGGUUUCUACGUCCAAAGUAAAAACAAACCCCAGCUGCAAUACUAGUACAACACAAGUCUUGGAUUGUUGGAGUUAUCCCAGAAUGUUUCUUCAGGAUACUGAUCACUGCUAAGAUUAUCACAUAAUGUUGCCUGCAGAAAAACACAAAACUAACCUUAAUACUUAGAGAAAUUAUUACCUAUGUUAUACUACCGACUUAAUUCCCAUUUUUAGGCUAUAGUCUUGAAAAUGUGCAAUAAACAAAUUUAUCAGGUUAAAUGCUUAAUACUUAGUAAGUUCUUAUUCUCUGUCUAGAUGCCUCUUUAGAAAGGGACAAAAUAAAAACAAGCUUAACUUCUGCUUCCUCAUUAUCUCUUACUUAGGGAAGAAUAAGCACGCUGACCUUCCAUCAUGGCAUGGUCUUUGAGGUGUGUGUGUGUGUGUGUGUGUGUGUGUGUGUGUGUGUGUGGUCACUGAUCAAUGUAUUUAGGUAUUUACCCAUCAUGUUUGUAUGUAAAGAGAAGCUUUUUCUUUGAGUGACGCCUUCCAGCCAGCCUGGUUCUAGAGCCGCAUCAGUCCCAAA